AAGGCAGUCGUCGUUAACUUAAAGAAAAAAGGGUAUGCCUCUCCUGACCACAAACCCCCUAUUUCUAAUGAGGACCUACAGAAGCUGUAUAACACUAAUAGUAUUGCAAUCAACACAAUCACACCUUAUGGUUUACAGAAAAAGGUAUGGUUUGACAUAAUGUUCUAUAUAUGCAGGAGAGGCCAAGAAAACUUGAGAUCUAUGACAAAAAAAACAUUUGCUAUUAAAACAGAUUCUAGUGGAAGAGAGUAUGUGUAUCAACAAAUAGAUGAAUAUGAUGAAAAUCAUCGUGAUGAAGCUACCCCUGAUGAUACCAUCGGUGAAGCAAGGAUGUACGCAAGAGUAGGUGAUCCUCUGUGUCCAGUAUUAUCAUUUAAAUUGUAUCUCGAAAAAUUUCACCCGACUCUCAAUGAUUUAUGGCAGCGCACAAAGGAUUCCUUUGAUAUAAGUGACACAACAUGGUAUUGUAAAGCUCCUAUAGGGAAAAACAGUUUAGCAGUAAUGAUGCCUGAAAUUUCCGAGAAGGCUAAACUUUCUAGAAGGUACACGAAUCACUCUAUACGUGCAACAUCCAUUACUGCAAUGGAUGAAGCAGGCAUAGAAGCUAGACACAUGAUGAGAGCCAGUGGACAUCGGAGUGAAGCCUCUAUCCGUAGUUAUUCUAAGAGACUAAGCAAAAACAAGCAACGUGAGAUGUCUGACAGUUUAAAUAAUAUGCUUCAAAGUGACAAUAUUAAUCAUGAACUUCAGUCUGAAGGUGAUCACAAUAUAACUGAGACUACACCUGAUGCACAGCCAUUACUUGGGCUCAGUGCAGCUGAAAUAGAAGCUUUAUUUUCAUACGAAAACACAUUGGAAGAAAUUCCUGUCAUGCCUAUGGAUGGAUAUUACGGUUGCGCCGCAAAAUGUUUGUGUUCCUGAUAACCAAAACAAGGAAAAGUUACCUCAUCCAGCUGUUUCUUCAAAUUUUCAGCUGUCCAUGAACAAUGUCCAGCCAUAGUGGAACACUCACACAAUGAAUUUAUGUCCGAAUAUUACUAACAGUGUGGUCAAUUUCAACAUUCACAAAUGAUUUUCAAAAUUGAAUUGUUUC